CCUACCACCUAACUAAUAAAUACCACGUGCAAACCGCAUAUCCUAGACCUAAAUCGACAGGUAAUAAAUCAAUUAUCUUAGAUUCGGUACUAAAUAUGCUUCAACUUAAAAUUGGCCUUUUAUAUUUUCUUUAAAAAGUCUUUAUUUCCCUAGUUCGUGAAUGCGAUAAUGACUCCCUGGUUGGAGCCAAGUUCCUCUUGGGUCUCCCAGCUGGCCGGUUAUAGUCUCAUUGCUACGGCCACAUAUAUCUACGCCAUUCAUAAGAUCGCAUCUCCUCGCACAGGGCUAGCCAUAUUCCUAUCUUUGAUAACUAUUCAGUUCCUUGGUCACACCUGGCUAUCAUUCGUUACUAAACAUGCCUCGAACCCGUAUUUGGAUGAAGUAUUCCAUGUUCCCCAAGCCCAGGUUUACUGUGAUGGGAAGUUCGGCGUAUGGGAUGACAAGAUCACUACGCCUCCUGGACUCUACAUUUUAACAAUCCUGGAAACGAGACUAUCAGGACUUGCAUGUUCGGUGUACAGUCUCCGAGAGUUCAACGUAAAGAUUAUAUCUUAUCUGAUCAUAGCUGUCGUCGCGUCUAGGGCUCAGCUUAGACAGCUAGGGACAGCAAGCAAUGCACCAACUUCAAACCUGUACUCGGUAGAUUCCUUCUGGACAGGAAUCAAUGUCACCCUGUUCCCUGUCCUGUUCUUCUUUUCAGGAUUGUACUACACGGAUGUCCUCUCCACGUUUGUCGUACUGCUUGCCUACAUCAACCACCUAGGCCGGAUGUAUUCGGAUAACCCGUCCACAGCAAGUAAUGUCCGUACGAUCUUCCUCGGGCUCUUGGCGCUGAGCGUGAGGCAGACCAACAUCUUCUGGGUCGUGGUAUACAUGGGUGGCUUGGAAAUCGUUCAUGCUAUCAAGACUCUCUGCCCGGAAACUACGGCUGCUCCAGCAUUUCAAACGCUGUCGGAACAGGUCAGUUUUUAUGUUUGGAGGUAUUCGCUUGGCGAUAUCCACGAUCCGCCCCUGAACCUAGCAUACCCAAUUGACCUGGUCCUUUCCGCCGUCAGCAUUGGCAUAGCUGCAACCUGUAACCUUGGGACUAUUAUACGUAGGCAGAUUUGGCCGCACCUUAUAGUCCUAGGGGCGUUCGUUGGGUUUGUCGUCUGGAAUGGUGGCGUUGUUCUAGGGGAUAAAUCCAAUCACGUGGCAACUCUGCACUUAGCCCAGAUGCUAUAUAUAUGGCCUCUAUUUGCGUUCUUCUCGGCACCUCAUUUUAUCCCAUCGCUUAUAGAUAUUACCAUAUAUGUUCUCCAAGUCAUCACUGGUUCAACUAAGUCAGACUUGCACUCGAAGAAGCCCCCAGUUUCUGGGAGUAACCCAAAGGGGACAAGCAUGUCUAAUCAGUCCUCAGUUCUAAAAGCAUUCAAUCAUAUCGGGUCGAGCCAUACACUCCAUUAUAUCCUUAUCCUCGCCGGAACUCUGGUGAUGACUACCUUAAUCGUACGAUACAACACGAUUAUCCAUCCGUUCACACUAGCCGACAAUAGGCACUUCAUGUUCUACAUCUUCCGGUAUACGAUCUUAAGAUCAUGGUGGAUAAGAUAUGCCCUCGUCCCGGUCUACGUAAUCUGCGGCUGGCUGUGCUGGGCUGCUUUGCAAGGCAGUCCCUCAACAACACUACCUGCUCAGAAGCGCCAAUGGAUAUUAACGCCAUUCAGUACCAAGGCCUUGACCUUAUCACCACCUCCGACUGGCAAAAAGUUGUCAAGCGUGGCUCUCACAGCGGUGGAUGCGACAGUAAUGCCACCCUCUACAUCGACCGCGCUAAUUCUCCUCGCAGCCACUCUCUCUCUUAUAACGGCACCGCUAGUCGAGCCGCGUUAUUUUAUCCUACCCUGGGUAUUCUGGCGCUUACUCAUUCCAACGCGACCUAUCUUCGCAGGUUUGGGGUUAACUUCACUGAUCUCCAAGCACCUUGUGCCUCUCCUUGAGACAGUGUGGUUUCUGCUAAUCAACGUAGCCACUAUGUACAUAUUCAUCACUCGGCCAUUUUACUGGCGAGGGCAAGACGGCGAGUUACUAGACGGUGGAAAUGUGCAAAGAUUUAUGUGGUAAUUCUACUAUGUUUUUAAUAAUUAUUGAUCAUACACAAGUCUUGCAUUCUCCAUAGCUAGCACAUAGAUAGACCUGUAAUUAGAGUAUUCUCACGACCAAAAUGAAAGAGUGAUCAAAAUAUUGCCAU